UUUGCAGGUUUGCAGAAGACUUCAGAGAAGGGGAAAGCAGGAAAAUGGCUACAUGCCCUGCUGGGUAUGCUGAGCACUGGGGAGCCAGGAGCUAACCUCCAGUCUUCAUUCUGCAAAAAGUUAUCUGUGAUUCCAGGGAAAGGUGGGCAUUAGUCUCAGUAGCAACAGAAUAGUCAGACAGAGUUGGCUGAGAUCACAAUGAAGGCCUGGAUAGGUCACCCAAUGUUCAGGCUGCCUGUGCUGAGUUAUCAUCAAAACAACUUUGCAAAGGAAAGGUCCCAGAAGAACCCCUGAAUCUGACUGCAUCUUUAAGCCCGGGAAGCUGAACCUCUAUGCUACUUCCCAAAUUGGGUAGGCCAAAUUAAGUAAACUUCACUCUCCUUCUUUUACCCUGUAUGAAUUUUGCAUCCAAAGCAAGUGUCACUCAGCAAUAUAAGAGACCAGCUCACUGAGAAAAUAAAACCUCCAAAUCCCCACGUCCGGUAGUCUGCCCAGCACUUCUGGUGACCCAAAGGGGUCAAAGGACAGGAGAUCAUGAAACUACUGGAGCUCUAGCUGACAAGGUUGAUGCCAGGCUGCCCUGAAGGUUCUCUUGCCUACCUCUGGAAUAAGCCCAUCCAAAUCUUAGAAAGUAUUCAGACCCUUCAAAUAAGUCCAGAAGAAAUCAAACUCUCCUUUAUGUAAUGCUGGAUUUUCCAAAAAAAGUAAAAAUCAAGAUUAGUAAGAUGUGGUUUAGAUCUUGCCUGACAAAGAGAGUGCAACGUCACUAUUGGGGCUUAUAAAAGUGCCACAAGCUGCCAAGGCCACAAGCCACUCAGCAGAGGUCAAUCUACUUGUCUGCUCCUGACUCCUCCUGUGGGCUCCAUGGCACUCUGGUUGACUGUGGUCCUUGCUCUUACCUGCCUUGGUGGCCUCACCUCCCCAAGCUCUGUGCCUUCCUCCAAGACGCUCAAGGAGGACCAACUGAGGGAACUCAUUAUGGAGCUCAGCAACAUCACCCAGAACCCUAAGGUGCCCCUCUGCAAUGGCAGCAUGGUAUGGAGCGUCAACCUGACGGCCGAUGUGCAAUUCUGUGCAGUCGUGGAAUCCCUGAAAAAUGUCUCCAACUGCACUGCCAUCCGAAGGACCCGGAGGAUGCUGGACAAGUUCUGCCCUCCGCCUAAAGACAGGCAGGGUUCCAGCACUCUUGUCCGAGACACCAAGAUUGAAGUGAUUCAGUUUGCAAAGAACCUGCUAACCCAUUUAAAGAAAUUAUUCCGACACAGUCGAAAAUAAGCAUGACAAACCUUGCAUUAUUUGCAAAGGGAGACCAUGACUAUUUCAACUG